UUCAUGCAUCACCGACUGAAGAUAAAAUCACUUUUAUGAUAAAGUCUUUUAAUCCUCAGCAUACUUGUUCUCAAAGAAAAGACAAAAACCCGGAUGCAACAUCAAGAUGGAUUGCUAACAAACUUGGUCCACAACUCAAAGUAGAUCCUGAGUUGUCUACUAAUAGUAUUAGAGCCAUGUUAUGGAAGGAUUAUAAGAUUCAACCAAGUUACAGUCAGAUUUGGAGGGCACGUCUUCUUGCAAAAGAAGUAAAUGAGGGUAGCCAUGCCAAGUCGUAUUCCAAGCUUCCAAGGUAUGGAGAGAUGGUUAGGCAAACCAAUCCAGGUUCAAUGUUUAAUCUUCAAUUCAUUUCAAGAACUAACAUGGCCGACAAUCCAGUGUUUAAAAGGUGUUUUGUUUGUUAUGAAGCAAGCAAAAGAGGGUUUCUUAAUGGUUGUAGGCCAUUUAUUGGGUUGGAUGGAUGCCAUCUGAAGGGAAAGUUUGGAGGGACACUAUUGGCAGCUAUUUCUGUUGACGGGAGCAAUGGAUUAUUUCCACUUGCCUAUGCUGUUGUUGAAUCUGAGUGCAAAGACAGUUGGCUGUGGUUCCUUCAGAAUCUGUAUACUGCAUUGUAUUCUACAUCAGAUGACAUGGGGUAUUUAACUUUCAUGUCAGAUAAGCAAAAGGGGUUAACUGAUGCAAUUAAGGAGGUUUUCCAUGAAUCACAUACAAGGCAUUGCAGUAGGAAUUUAUAUGCAAAUUUCAGGAAAGAUUAUAAAGGUGAGAAGCUAAAAGCUUUAUUUUGGACUGCAUCAAGGGCUUACAGAGAAAUUGAGUGGACAAAGGCAAUGGCUGAGAUCAAGAGUAUAAAUCAAAAAGCAUAUGAUUUUCUGAUGGAAAACCAGCCUAGUUCAUGGUCAAGAUGGGCAUUUAAUCACCAAACAAAAAGUGAUCACAUAACCAACAACAUGACAGAGUCCUUCAAUAACUGGGUAGGCCCGUAUAGAGACAAACCCAUCCUAUAUUUGAUUGAUCAAGUGCGGAUAAGUUUGAUGGAUAAAUUACAUAAGAGGUUUGAGCAAGCUUGUUCUUACAAGGGGACUUUGACACCAAAGAUUAAGAAGAGAAUGGAUGUGAUCCACCAGCAAUCAAGAUCUUGUGUGGCCCUAUCAGCAGGAUAUAAUGAAUUUGAGGUGAACAAUGGCACAUCAAGAUUUGUGAUUACUGUGAUAGUUUUUAUUUUCUAG